GCAUUGCUGUCAGUGCUAACACUGUAAAUGUCAUAAGUUGACAUAACCUCAAAAUCGAAUGCUAUCAAAAAAAUUGUGCUCAGUGAAGCAAUUUUCGGAAAUUUUGUUUUGAAAUGGCAUUGAACCUAGUAUCGAGGCUAUUUUCAAAUGUGCGUGCAUUUGCAUCGCCGAUUGAAAGUAUACAAUCAAUUGCUCGUUUCCAUUCGAUGGUGCCAGGAACAUCAACACAACCAGCGGCUGGUGGAGCAUGGAGUUUAAUAUCGGUGCGCACGAAUAUUCGAAAUCAUUUCCCACGACCUCGCGAAUCUAAGCGUGUACUCACCCAUGGUUUUCACAAGAGAAUGUCUACUCGUGGCGGCCGAUUGAUUCUUAUGCGACGCAUUCUGAAGGGCAAACACGUUCUAUCGCAUUAAACUCAAGCAUAUUUAGAAAAUUCAAUCCAAGUCACUGUUAGUUUUCUUUUGCUGUAUAAAUAAAUUUAGUUUGAUGAAUAAAAGUGAGAAGUAUGAAGUUUCA